CAAAUCUAAACUACAAAUGUUAAGAAAUUCUGUUUCAAUAUCAAUUCUGAUCUUUCUGGUAGCUCUUUAUAUAUCCAGCUGUCUACCCGGACAUGAGGUUAACGAUUACAGAGGCUAUAAGGUGUAUAGGAUCAAAACUGAAAACGAAACAGAUAUCAAUGUGCUAAAAAUUUUCGAAAAAAAUCACCCAGAAGUCGAUUUUUGGACGUCAAUACAAUCACCCACGAAAUACACGGAUGUAAUGAUUCCUCAAUCCUACUUCUUAGACCUUCAAAGCAUGCUUAAGGAAGCGAAUAUAUUAUUCGCUGAGACCAUUCCCGAUGUUAAAAAACUAGUUGAUUCACAAAGAGAAAGCCAACAAUUCGGUAAAAUGCGUUUAAGACACGAUGGCGUUAUAUAUGAAUCAUUUAACUUUGAUCGGUUUCCGAGAUUCGAUCAAGUAGAAGCAUGGAUCGAUUUUCUUCUCCAAGAAUAUCCCGAACUUUUAGAAAUCAUAGAAAUAGGGAAAUCGUACGAAGGUCGGAUAAUGAAAGUUUUAAAGGUGGGCAAGAAAACCAAAUCUUUCAAACCGGCCAUAUGGAUAGAUGCUGGUAUACAUGCUAGGGAAUGGAUAACUGUCACCACAAUCCUGUAUUUUUUGUCACAAUUGGUAGAACCUAAGAGAUGGUCUAACGAUACUCUGUUACACGAUUUAAGCAAUGAAUAUCUAGAUAAACUUGAUUUUUAUAUCUUGCCAAUCCAUAAUCCUGACGGAUAUGAAUAUACUCACACUGCGGAAAGACUGUGGAGAAAAACCAGAUCUACUAACAAACGUUCAACCUGUAUAGGAGCCGAUGCCAAUAGGAAUUGGGGUCAUUCAAGUUGGGGAGCAACGGGUGCUAGCGAUAAUCCGUGUUCCCAAGUUUAUCAAGGAGAAACAAAAUUUUCGGAAAUCGAGAAUGAAAACGUCAAGAAUUUUUUGAUAUCACAUAGAGAUUCCAUAUUUUCUUUCAUGAGCAUACAUUCGUAUUCUCAAUUAUGGCUUUUACCUUAUGGCCAUGGAUCUCAACAUCCGAAAGACUACGAUGAAUUGUAUGCAGUAGGAUUAAACGCCUCGUUGGCCCUUGAAUCAGUUCACGGAACGAAAUAUCAAGUGGGAUCCAUAACAGAUCUGCUAUAUUUUGCAUCGGGAAGUUCUCUAGAUUGGGCAUACGACAACCUGAAGGUGAAAUACAGUUAUGGACUCGAAUUAAGAGAUAGAGGUGAGUACGGAUUUUUAUUACCAGUGAAUGAGAUUUUGCCGGUUGGUCAAGAAACAUGGGAUGGAUACAAAGUUGUUAUAAACAAAAUUAUCGAAGAGUAUGGUUUUUUAACGAAAGGAAAAGAUUGA